UAUUAUUCCUUGUUUCUAUGUGGAAUCUUCUGAGCAAGUGCAGUAAUGGCAGUACAAUAUAACUACAAGUUUGCAGGACUAGUAGGGAACCCAACUAUAUUUCAAGAAGAUGACUCAAGUCCAGACGCUCCAAAAUUCUUGAUAAAUAAUAGUGCCAAGCCUACAGUAACCAAGCAGGGCGUUUUGUUCCCUUCUGGGACGAGCCUGAUUCAUGAUAAACCAUUUGAGGCGCCUCAUGGGCAAUUCUCCUUCCAAUAUUGGGCCUAUUUCUUUACCUCUGAUAGAGUGAUGAUUUUUCAAGGAGCAGUUAAAGAUACUGGGACGAUUGAAGGAUUCGAAUUUGAUUCAUUUCCAGGAAUGACUGGCCUCAAGGCAUAUUCCUUAUACAAAACAGUCGGGAACUCUCAAGAAUCUUUUUUAGAAGGAUGGAAUAGGCUGAGAUGAAGUAACAACGGUGGAUUCCUAAAUUCAAAGUUGUACAAUAAAGCUAUUGGAGAAGUGGAUGCUACAACUUACUCUCAUACUAUGAAUCUGAACGCUGGGUACAAAUUAGGGUCUCUUACCCCAACUUCGAACCACUUUCUUAUACAUAGUUUUACUUUUACAGAUGAUACAUCUUUAGUAGCAUUAGAUUCAUCUGCUUUAUACCAAAAUACAUUAAAUACCUGUGGAGACGGAAUUGUCCAGCCUACAAAUCUAGAACAAUGAGAUGACGGUAAUUUUGACGUUGAAGAUGGAUGCAAUGACCACUGUUUCUUGGAGGUUGGUUCAUGAACCCAAAAUCCCUCGACAUGCUUUACCCAAUGAGGAGAUGGCAUCAAAGAUACCUUUGAAGAAUGCGAUGAUGGAAAUGAGAUUAAUUCUGAUGGCUGAGACUCUAACUGAAAUCUAGAAGACUAUUGGACAUGUAUACAGCCUAGCCUAUCACAACCAACUGAGUGAACUGAAGACUGCGGUGAUGGUAGAAGAUUCAACACCUUGCAAUCAUACUGAGAUGAUGGUAAUAAAACCCCAGAUGAUGGUUGCUCUGAUACCUGCUCAACAGAAGCAGGCUAUAAAUGUCAAGGAGGAGAUUCCACAACUCCAGACACGUGAGCCCCGAUCUGAGGAGAUGGCCUCAAGAUUCCCACAGAGACUUGAGAUGACAAUAAUACUAAUUCAGAUGAUGGCUGAAGUAAUAAUUGUCAGAGAGAAGAUGGAUGGACCUGAACUGGAGGGUCCCCCACCCAAAAAGAUAUUUGCCACCCUAUUUGAGGUGAUGGAAAAAUUGAAGGAAAUGAAGAAUGAGACGAUGGCAAUUUGGAUCCAAGAGACGGAUGAAGUAGUACUUGAAAUGUAGAACAAGGUUGGAACUGUAUAUUAGAGACCCAAUCUACUAAGAGUCAAUGCCAACCAAAAUGCGAUGCUGAGCAUUGUGAGAUUUGCGAGAUUCAAAACAGUACGAAAUGAUACACUUGAGAUCAAGGAUAUACUAUUAGCAAAGAUUUUAAGUGAAAGAAUUCUGAGGGAUCUGAAUAUGUUCAAACAAUGACAAAUAGUAUGACAGCUCUUCUUGGAAUAGGUACAGCAAUCAGUCUAUGUGUAUCGAUUCUUAAUCUAUCAGCACCAAUGACUCUUUGGGCAAUGGCAAACCAGAUGCAAUUAAUGCUUAUUUUGUUACUCACUCAGAGUUCUCUUCCUGAUGAUAUUGUUGGAUUAAUCACCAAUAACGAUAUUUUCUCUUUCAAUUUAAAAUUCCUUCAAAUCAAAUCAAACAAGAUCUCCCAUAUUCCUUUAACAUGGUUGAAUAAAGUUCAAACUGAUCCAGCUCUUGUAAAAUUUGGACUGGAAUCAGGGAGUUGAUUUAGCAACAACUUUAGCCUGAUUCUAACAUUCUGAGUCUUUUCAAUCCUGCAUUUAUUACUGCUAAUCUGCCCGAGAGAAGUAAAGGAUUCUGGACACCCCUGCAGAAACAAACUAGCUAAGCCAUUUGGGUACUUAUGGAGGAUGCUUACUUUUGGAAUCUACAUAAGACUCUUCUUGGAAGCUUUCCAGUUUAUUUAUAUUUCAUCUCUUAGUGAGCUUUGGGAAAUGAGCAACUCUUCUUAUCAAGACAUUGUGUCUGGGUCUUUUGCCCUAUUUGCACUAGCAUGUUGACUAAUUGUGCUUAUUAUCUCUACUAUCCAAGCCUUGAAACAACAAGAUGAGAAUAGCCAUGGAAAACUUGAAGAAUUUAUCACAGGAUUAAAGCCACUGAAACUAAAGAGACUGUACAUACCUAUAUUGAUCUUAAGGAGAAUUCUCUUCGGUGCCAUUCUUAUUAUCUGUGAAGCAUAUGGACAUACUGUCUUAGUCGGGCCCAUGCUAUUACUCCAAGUAGCAUAUUCUGCUAAUAUUCUGUACCUUAGACCAAUGGAGAGCAAGCUGAAUAACCUUGUAGAAUGAACCAAUGAAAUCUUUUACAUUUUCUUUGUUGCUUUCCUUUUGAAAUUUAACUCUGAACAAAAGUGGGAAGGAUGGCCAACUAGUGUAUACUUAUGGGUCGUACUGGCCAAUUCAGCAGUAAUAUCCGUCCUUAUUCUUGCUGGAGGAGUAUCCGAUUGAGUAAAUAAAAUUAGUACUUGGAAAUGAAAGAAACCAAUGGAUAAGAUGCCAAACCUCCAAAAUCCAUCAGUCAUUAAGAGAACUCCUAAGAGAUUUGUGGACCAAAACCUAGAUGCCAGUGAAAUCUCUGUGAGUAAACCCUUUAGUCAAGUUACUACUAAGCAUAUGCGAAGAAAUGUCCAAGGCCAGUCUCUCAACCAAGCUGUUGCAGGUCGGAUCAGGAAUAAAGGAAGGGUCAUGCCUAUCCUAGAGGGACUAGAUGCGUAAAAUUAGACAUAAACAUAAUAUUUG